AUGUGGGACGUUUUUGGAUGGUUCAGAGACAUUUUGUCGUCACUAGGAUUGUGGAAUAAGCAUGGGAAAUUGCUGUUUUUAGGUCUAGACAAUGCAGGAAAAACUACUCUCCUACACAUGUUAAAGAAUGACAGACUGGCCACUUUGCAACCCACAUGGCAUCCUACUUCAGAAGAGCUUGCAAUUGGCAACAUAAAAUUCACAACUUUUGACUUGGGUGGUCAUAUUCAAGCCCGCCGUUUGUGGAAAGACUAUUUCCCCGAAGUCAAUGGUAUUGUUUUCCUUGUAGACGCGGCUGACCCCGAAAGAUUCAACGAGGCUCGUGUCGAAUUAGAUGCUCUUUUCAACAUCGCCGAACUUAAAGAUGUGCCAUUCGUUAUUCUCGGCAACAAGAUCGAUUCACCAAACGCUGUUUCCGAGACAGAGCUGAGAUCAGCUCUUGGAUUGCUUAACACCACAGGUGGAGCUAGAAUUGAGGGCCAAAGGCCAGUAGAGGUUUUCAUGUGCUCUGUUGUCAUGAAGAAUGGUUAUCUGGAAGCCUUUCAAUGGCUUUCUCAAUACAUUUGA